AGAGAGGGCGGGGACCAGGCGGCGGCCGCAGCCGCAGGAAUAUGCUGGAAGGUAGCGGGCGGGUGCCCGGGAGGUGCUGAAGGGACAGUUCCCGCCGCCGAACUUGGCCCGCGGCGGGUGGGCGGGUGGGGCGGCCCUGGAACCCGCGGGCACGUGAGCGAUGGAGACCAUCUGGAUCUACCAGUUCCGCCUCAUCGUGAUCGGGGACUCCACCGUGGGCAAGUCGUGCCUCCUGCACCGCUUCACUCAGGGCCGCUUUCCUGGGCUGCGCUCCCCCGCCUGCGACCCCACCGUCGGCGUGGACUUCUUCUCCCGCCUGCUGGAGAUCGAGCCGGGCAAGAGGAUCAAGCUGCAGCUCUGGGAUACAGCGGGACAGGAGCGGUUCAGGUCAAUAACUCGAUCUUAUUACCGCAACUCGGUUGGUGGAUUUUUGGUAUUUGACAUUACCAACCGACGAUCUUUUGAGCAUGUGAAAGACUGGCUAGAAGAAGCAAAAAUGUAUGUACAGCCAUUUCGGAUUGUGUUUCUGCUGGUGGGACAUAAAUGUGACUUAGCCUCGCAGCGUCAAGUCACAAGGGAAGAAGCCGAAAGACUGUCCGCAGACUGUGGGAUGAAGUAUAUAGAAACCUCGGCAAAAGAUGCUACAAAUGUAGAGGAAUCCUUCACCAUCUUGACAAGAGACAUCUACGAGCUUAUUAAACGGGGGGAAAUUUGUAUUCAGGAUGGCUGGGAAGGGGUUAAAAGCGGUUUUGUUCCAAAUACCGUGCAUUCUUCUGAGGAAGCAGUAAAGCCCCGGAAAGAGUGCUUCUGUUGACUUCAAACACGCCGAAGAACCAAGAACAAACUGGGUGUCAUUUCAGGAUAAAUACCAACAUUAAGCACAGAAUGAUGUGACAAAAGCGUUGAAAAAAGUCAUAAACCCAUGCUAACACUAUUUUGUAAGGUAUUUGAUUCAGAGCAGUGCGCUUACUUGUUAAAGUACCAGAUUGGUAUUCGGCUAAAUUAUCAGGCAAAGCAGACAACUUGCUCUUGAAACUGGAGUGUCUACAUAAUUACCUCCACUCUCACUUUGCUAGCAUAUAACUGACCUUAACGUCCAAAUAUGUCAAUAUUACUCAUCUUUCUUGACAGUUUGAAAUGGGUGUUUUGUGCACAUAUAUAGUCUGAUUGAAAAGAUUUUAUCAGGAAUAAAAUUCUCUUGAGUUAAUUAAUUAAUAUUAAAUAGUAAAGUGGAUUUUAAAGUGCACUGUUCACUUACAAAAUAAACAAUCUCAGAGUUAUCAACUAGGCCUAAAGGAACAGUUCCUUGUUAAAGGUACCAGGUUUUAAACCAUCCUCUGAAACAUUUAUCCUCUCUUAAUUUUGCCUGGACAUAAGAAGAUAAGUUUUUUACUCAUUUUUGUUCUCUGAUUUUAUUUCUCCUAAAAUUUUUAUGUUUUAUAAAGGUGUCUAAGGAUCCAAGCAAAAUGUUUUGCUGCAAAUAUUUGUGAAAAUAAAAAUGAAGGACCACUGUCAGGAAAUGUUCUGUUGUUACAGUAGACUGUCCUUAUUUAGACAAGAAAAACAAAUUUAUAUGCUGAUAUUGUCAAAGAAAGUAAAUUCAAUUCACCUUGAACUAUUAUCAGAAUUAUCAAUAUAGGUAAAUAUAGAAUGUUUCUAGUAAUAGCUUGCUUUGUCCAAGUAAAUUUCCAAAUUGCCCCAUUUUCAAUACAAGGAAAAAUGUAGAAAAGAUUUUUCUGAGUGAGAAAAAUUGGCUAGAUGUUUGAUAUAUUUAGCAUUCAGAUUUUCUUUUACAAUCUCACCAGUAAAAGUAAAGAUAGAAUAAUGAGUUAAGGCUGUAAGAUAAUGUUUCCUAAUUUUUAACUUACUGAUUAAAUUAAGUAAAUUAAAAAUGUCCCGCCUUGAAGGGACAUUUUUAUCACAUUGUCAAAUAUUUUAUAAUGUACGUUUCUAUUCUGGUCUGUAAACCAUCCCUGAUCCCAAAGAAGCACCAAAUGAAGCUGCGUUUUUGGAAUCAUGAGUUCUUUACUGUUAAACUAUAGCUCCUUCAUUUGUCUGAAAACCAAUGUGGUAUGUAUAGCAGAAGAAAUUGGAAAACCUGGGUUCUAAGCUUGCCUUUGCUCUCCAAUAUUUGUACAUGUGUAAAUCACUUAACCUCUCUCUAAACACUAGCUUUCUUAUCUGUAAAACAAGAUUAAUAACCCCAUUUAUUUUAUUUCAUGGAAUUAUUUUGAAAGUCCAGCGAAUUAUGUAGAAAAGCUUUGUAAAUCAAGCAAGUAAUACACAAAUGUGAGCUCACGAGCAGCUGCUCACGGGCACACUAUAUUUACAAACGUAUGAGAAUUUGUUCUCCUAUUCUUCUCCUUCAUUCUCACAUAGGAGGAGAAAAGAAAGUGCAUGCUUCCAUGGAUCUGGGGCAGUUCUUGGUUUGAUGUAUUUCUCUGCCCUCUUACCCUGAAACCCCGCUCCUCCAAAGUGGAAAUGAUGGGGAAGGAAAUCCCAGGAGACUUGUUUCAAUCAAAAGUCAUGUUUGAAUGUGGUUCUUGUGCCUCUUUGAAGUAGAUGUUUAAUUGUAUUUUUAAAUAGUUACACCUUACCUAGGUUAAUGUAAGUAUUUUUAUAGUGCUUGUGGCGAGAAUAUAAAUUAUACCAUCACGAUAAAAUUUGUGAAUGUAUUGUCAACAUUUUCUUGAUAUCCUCAGAUUAAUUUCACUUGAGUGAGUUUAACCUGUAAUCGGCUACAUAAGAAAAUACUGUCCCCUCAGAUGUGACGUAGCCUAAUUUUCUAGUUUUACUUUUGCAAUUUUAAAUUUUAUAUUACAAUUUUCCAUCAGUCGGAAGUGGCAUAAACUCAAAUACUGAACACUUAACAAUCUAUUGUUUGGAGUGCAGUUACCUGUGGCUACUUGUGAAGUUAAAUAGCUAAAGCAUAAAAUGUGAUUUAACCUUCGGUGGACGCCCUUUAUUAAUAAUAAUGUUGGGGUAGGACUCAUCUUCAGUCAAAGGGUAUGAUGUGUUCCAAGAUUCAGAAUAAAAUUGAGGGUCAAAGAAACAAAUGGGAGAGCAGGGCCCCAAAAAGCCGAUACUUACCAAGAUCACAUGUGAGCAGAAGCAAGCCUAGACCUCUAGCUGUCCAUGAUUACAUGAUUGGUAUCCUUUUUCAUUACCAUGCUGCGUCAGCGCAUGUAUGUGUGUGUGUUGAAGAUAAGGGGAAAUGUUAUCUGACGGCAUCCACAAAGCACUGAAAUUGGGCUAAAUCAUUACGGUGUCGGAGGAGCUACUUGUGGCAAAACAGUACUAAAAUGUGCGGUGACUACAGAAAUAUGAGUUCUUAUACCAGAUUGCCAAAUGUCUGUGUAAUCUUAGCCAGACGUCUUUAUCAAUUUACCUAUCUCUGUGUAUAAAUAAAUAGCUGACCUAUUUUCUUACACAUCAUUAUAGAGAAUACGGCUAAUAAUGCCAAUGUAGUAAAAAUAUCUGCUCCAGGCAAAACAUUUUGACUUAGGUUCUUAGAAGUCAGAUAUGCUUGAUUUUACAUGAAAAUUCUUUCAUUUAAAAUUUAAUUUAAAUUUAAACAUUAUUUAAAAUUUUUAAAACUUAGAACUAAUGAAUGAUGUAAUUACUGAAUAGUUUAAAUGUGAUUAAAAAGAAAUUAAAGAACCAUCCAAUCAGAUAAUAAACUUGUCCCUGACAGAAACUGUUCAUUUUGAGUUGCAAAAACACUUUCAGUGCAUGUCGUGACGUGAAGUUUCAUUUGAUGGUAAGCUUAAGACAAAAUGAUGAUGUAAUCAGAGUGCUUUUAAAUGUGGCCUUUAUGUACAUUAACAGUAGCAAACAAGAUUUUUUUGAGCCUGGAAACUUGAGAAUUUACUCUGGGUUUCCAGCAGGCGCAAAGCACUGUAUUUUUGUUUGUUUGUUUAUCUGUUUGUUUUGAUUUUUUUAUUUUUUGGUGGCAACAAAAGCAGUCCUUUCUAUUAUUGUUAAGAUAACUUUGGCAAUCUUUUCACCCAACUUUACAUCACUGAAAACCUGAAUCUAUGGAUUAAUAAAUCAUAUUAGGAGUGCUUUUGUCAGAUUUUAUAUUGCCCUUGAUUCAGUUAAGAACAAAGCUUCUUUUGACUUAAAAGAGUGCACUAUACUUGAAUAAUUUCCUUAGUUGUGACAUAGUGAGAAGGAUUCAAAGGACUAAUGACCCAUUUGAUAAGCAAACUCAUUCGUUCCCCAGUAACUGCCUGGAGAGAUUUAGUUGGAAAUGCAAAGGAAACGUGUAAUCACUAAGAAAAAAUUAAUGAAAAACUAUAAAGGCUUUAAAGUUAGAUCCUUGGUAGUUUAAAAUGGCAGAAUGCAUUCCCAAUUAGAAACUAACUCGUGGAUAUUCCAUAGCUGAUAAAUAGCCAUCUCUGCUUCAAAAUCUUUCUAAAUUCCAGUGUUUUCACUAAACUUUACUGAGCAACUGAUCUUUAAAAUAACUAUUAAACUGUUCUCCUGAAUCUGAAUGAACUGCUGCAUGACUUGGUAUUCCCAAAAUCUUAAAAGCACCUGAAUGAUGAGCUGUGACAAUCUAACCAAUUAUUGCAUCAUCUAGUUCACUUACUACACAUAAUCAUGGUAUAGAAUGAAUGAAGGGGAAAGAAAAAAUUUAAAGAUAUUUUAAAAAAUGGUGUUCCUUGUUGCUGUCUCUCUGGGUAAAUUUUUUGUCUUUUUUUUAAAUAUUGCCUAAAACAUUGUCUUAUCAAUGUGACAUUCAGUGACUACUAAUUGAUGGUUAUUAUGUUGAAUUAAUCCUAUUAAAUGUCGGUUCCAUAUAUUUAAUUUUAAUUUAUACAUUCCAUAGAGGAACAAACAUGUUUUACUACAGUCAUCUCUUGUCAUUUUUUUUAGAAUGACAGCCAAUGGAAGAAAGAUAUGGUCUAAACAUUUUGAAGUAUGUUAUUAGUGUUAUUUGAUUUUAAAUAAUAAUGAAUAAAAAGAAUGAGAAUGAGAA